GUCAUGGCCGACCAGGAGCCGCCCCGGGACGAGCGGCCCAUGAUCACAUUCGAGCCGGACGCCGAUGUGAAGGCCACGCAGACCUCGCCGCCCGCGAGCAGCCCGCUCAGCCCCGGCGACGCAGACCCCGAGACACCGGCGCAGCUGGGGGGCGGCGCCAAAAGCCAGCACAGCGAUCCCGCGUCGCCUUUCGCGCCGCCCCCGACGACGGCGGCGCCGUGGACGCCGCCCCGGAGUCAGACGAAAGGUGCGACCACCUCAUUCCAGCGUCUGCGGCCAAAUGGUGUGCACAUGCGCACAUGCUCUCGCGCACACGUGAUGUUACGCACCUGUCAACAGAUUACUGGGCGUCGGCACGAGAAGUGUGUGCCAGCCAGCGAGGGUGCCGCGUCGAAGGCUCCCCCGGUGGCGGCGCCGCAGUCGCCGCCUCAGGUGCCCCGGAAGUCGGUGACGGUGGCUGACGUCACGAGCUGGGCGGAAGCGCAGGAGCUACACAGGAAGUGGGCGCACGAGCACUUCCUCGAGUCUGCGCCGGUCAGGGAGUCCCACAUGGAGGCCAGCCGCCGAGAGAGGCUCGUCAAGACCGCGCAGACAUUCUGCAUUCACCUCAGCUUCUUCGGAACGGCACGCCUUCUCCUCUAUCGAUUAUCCACAAACUCAUUAACGCCGUACCGAACACGCCUGUAUUCGUUCGCCGCCAUUGCGCAGGGCAUGUACUAUGCGCUGUUUGGCCCCACGGUGCAAGACUUGGCCGUGACGCUGGACGUGGGCCUGUUUCGUGUGUUGUUCCUGUUGGCCGCCAGGGGCGUCGGGUACUUCUUGGGUGCCAUGGCCGGCGGAGUGCUGCUGAGGCCCCUGAACCCGCAGGUGCUCCUCGUGGUGCUCGACUUCGUCCUCGCCAUGGCCUGCCUCGGGGUCUCCUACUUCGACACGCUCUUCCAGAGCGAGCUGCUGUUCGGGCUCGGAGGAUUCGCCCUCGGGGCAAUCGACAUCGUGGGCGUCCUGUGGAUUUCGGCGCUGUGGCGAGAGGCCAGCGGUUUCCUGCUGCAGACCCUGAGCUUCAUGCACUGCAUGGGCUGCACACUGGCGCCCCUGUUGGGCGAACCAUUCCUGACACAGCGAAGCGUGCUUCAGCCACCGUCGGGCAUGCCGCCGGCGGUCGAGAGGGAGCUCGCCUAUCUGACCAGCCUCGAAGACAAGGACUUUGUUUACGUCGCGUACGCCUACUGGGCCGUCGCCCUGUACGUGUUCGUCGUCGUCUUCCUGGCGCUGGUCGCGUUCUUCGUCGACCCUCGGCACCAGGACCUAAGGGUCAUGGAGAGACAGUGUCCCGUGGUACCUUGCAGCGGACUCGUGGUCGUGUUGUUCUUGUACCUGCUCGCGUCAGUCGCCAUGGAGAUAAUCUACAGCCAGCUCGUCGCCGCGUUCGCGCUCCUCAUCGGGCAGAACAAGACCGUGGCCGCCUACCUGACGUCCAGCUUCUGGGCCGCUUUCAGCGCAGUGCGGGGAGCUUCGAUCGUGUGGCUACAGCAGCACGGCUCCUUCGGCGUACUGCUCUGCUCGAACGUCUUGCUCGUGGCCCUGACGGGCUUCGACUCCGUCUUCGGCUACCAGACGCGGGUGAUGUGGAUCGGCACGGCGCUGGCCGGCGCGUGCAUGGCUCCCGUGAUGCCGUCAACGCUGCUGCUCUUGCACGACCACUCUGGCGUCUCUCGGGGCCGGUUCACCCUGGCAGUGCUGGCGGUGGGAGCCAGCUCGGCGUUCGCACCUCUCUGCCUCGGAGCAGAGCUGGAGCGCCAACCGAUGCUCUUCCACUACGUGCUCGCGGCGCUCGCUGGCGUCUCGCUGCUGCUCGUGCUGGUCGCGAGGGUGCUGGUGCACCGCAUCGACGACGGUUACAUCCCGCUGCCCGCCGCCGCUGCUGCAGCGCGCUCCUACAAGUCGCCUUAAUCACUACUGCACUCCCUCCACAGCUGUAUAAGGCACGCGUGCUCUCGUGGCAGUGUAAAGGCGCCCAGUUAUAUUACACACAUUACUCUCUUCAAGCGAAACCUAAAAUGUUUUUGCUCGUAAAGGCAUCGUUCAAGAAAAAAAUAUUGCUCAGACUUGUAGUUACGUAUAAAAAGAGAUGUUCAAAAUUUCGGACUCGUUUCACCAAUAUGGCAAAGAAUCUUAAAACUUUAUAAACAGAUUGUUGGCAAUACAGUGUCAUAUAAGCAAUAAAAGGUUCUCUAUAUUUUGGCUACUAGUUAUCCAGAAAAGGUACAUUUUUUUUGUACGAAAAUGGCAUUUUGAGCAAGACACACGUUUAUGUUUCAACGUUUACCACAGGCGUUAAAAACUCCGGAGUCCGCGCUCUUCUUUACUGGGCCUUAGUGCUGGCCGUC